AUGAGACAGAGCCGAGCACUUGGAGUGAAUAUUCCCUCAGCACGACUCUCAGCAACAGGUCCAAUUCGUGCACAAAUUACCGACGAAGAUCUCGAGAAAAAUUAUAUUGAUAAUUAUUAUAUUUUUGAAAUUAUGAUUCCAGUGAUUCAUAAUUAUUUUCACCUGCAUUUCCCUCCUCCAAAUGUCACAAAAGAACAAUUGGAUAUUGCUGAAGAUCUUUUGUUGAAAUUAAUUGAUUUACACAAACAUACAGCGAAUCAGGAACAACGUGACAAGAUUUUCAAAUGUGUAACUGCCAUGUGGAAGAAGAGUAUGUCUCCUGAAAGUCAAAUUGCAAUUACAAAAUUUGUGACAUCAAAAUCAUCAAAAGCAAAAGUGAAUCGCACUCACAUUACACACGCCUAUGUCGUCGAGACCGAUGAAAUUAUUAACAAGACCUAUCGCAAAUAUUUACAGAGGAGAAUUAUUUCAAAGAUUUUGCGUACAAGUGAAUUCAGAAAGUUGGGAAAUCUUUAUGAAAAGUACAAUGGUUUUGUGAAGGUUCUUGUGAGAAUCCUUCGUAAAUUGAAUGACUCUGGAGCCUCUUACGAUCAAUCCCUGUUAGAUGUUGGACUAUUGGGCCUAGAAAUUCUCAAAACAAUUGUUCACUCUCAAAACAAACGUUCCAAUUUACCUAAAAAGAAGAAAAAAGAAAUCAACUGA